AUGUACUGUCAGCAUCACCCCAAGACACAACUUGUCCCCGCUUCCCAUCUCAAUCUUAGGCUAAAGACCAUCGUUCGAGAGGGCGAACGACUCGAUCCCUCCAUCGCCACUCCGGACGAGGUCACUCAUGCCCAUUGCGCUGGAAGCGUCUUUGCUAGGGUCCUGCAAGGCAACACGUUCCUCAAGAGCUCCAAUGCAACCCUGCGCACCCUCAACAAGCUCAAGCGAUCCACGAAUCGAUCGCGUGACAGUCCCAAUGCCUUGGUCUACGAGGACCACCACUAUGGGAUCGUCGAUAUCUUCUGCCUGCUCGACUACCACGUCAUGCCGCUCCAAGGCGAUCCUCUUUCGCGCUUCAAGCUUGUCACUCGUCUCGGAAAGGAGAAGCUUCCACGACCACCCCUCAAGAUCCUCAUCCAAUCGCUGCGCUUCGACAUCUCGACACUCUCGGAGCUGCUUCGUCGUGACAUUUGCACGGUCUUGCGUCCAGAAGAGAUUCUCGAGCACUCACCCGACUUCUUAAGACAGCGCUUUCGGGUGAUUCGCGCAGUUCAGAACCUCUACGCAGAGCACUCGAUCAUGCUGGCGCCCAGCGACGACGCUUUCUUCUUUCGCGACUGCAAGGUCUGCUCAAAAUACGACCCAGAGAUCAUCCGCUUCGGCCGUGAUCUCUACCGUUUGCUUCUCAGGAUCUUCCAUGGCGAGCCCAACAGACCCAUCUCGAUUCGCUACUUUACUCCAAAGCCUGAAACUUCCGAGCCGGAGAUGACCGACGACGAAGCAUAA